AUGGCAUCUCAAACAAUGUUUAAUAGUUCACCAAAUAUUAUAAAUGGAAAUGACCCAAAAAAUGUUUCCGCAACAAAUUAUUCCGUAGAAGAGAUCGAACGUAUAAUCAAUGAUUUUUAUUCACCAACAUCUCAAUUAACUGUUCCACAACGUCAACAAUUAAAUAGUAUUCUUGAAUGUUUACAAUAUUCUCAAAUAGCAUGGGAUUUUUCUUGGAAAUUAUUAAAUACAACCAAAUCACCAAGUGUACAAUUUUUUGGUGCUGUUGCUUUAUGUAACAAAAUUUCAAAACAUUUAUCAGAGUUAGAUGAUAAUCAAAUUCAACAAUUAUUUCAACAACUUAUUCAACGUUUAAUUUUUUAUAUAUCAAUUAAUUCAAAACAAAUUACAAUUAAAUUAGUUGUUGCUGUAAGACAUUUAAUAUUAAAUAUGAUGCCAGAUAAAUGGAAGAAUGGUAUAACAGCAAUUAUUACAUUAUUUACGCAAUCACAAAAUGAAUUUUUAAUGGAACAUCCGGAAAAAGGUCAUUUAAUUGUUUUAAAUAUUUUAACUAUUCUUCCUGAAGAAUUUUCACGCAUUGUUGUAUCUAAAGCUCAACGUGCUUCAAUUCGAGCUGAACUUGAAAGUCAAUUUCCCACUGUUCUUAGUUAUAUACAAUUUAUUAUUUCAACGUAUAAUCAAGCAGAUAUUCUCGGCAAAAUGUUUUCAUGUUUAUCAAAAUGGCUUGAAUUUGGUAUAUCAAUUGUUAAAGUUGAAUCACUUUUUGAUUAUUUAUUUAAUUCAUUAAAUAAUGAAACUAUAUUUGAUGAUGCUUCAAAUUGUAUUAUUGUACUUUUUACAUCACCAGACGCACUUAAAUAUCCAUCAAUAUUUUCACAUCUUUUACCAUAUGUUUUACAACUUGAAUUAAUACUUGAUCAAUCAUUAAUGAUUGGUGAUAAAGAAAAAGCAGAAUGGAUAACAAAAUUAAUAACACAAUUUGGUGAAAAUCUUGCUCAACUUAUUAUUCAAAUGGCUAUUACACCUAAUCAGCAAUCACAAACACUUGCACAUAGAUUUUGUUGUCUUGUUAUGAAAUGUACUGAUAUGAAAGGACAGUAUCCCGUGGAAGAGACAUGCUCGGAAUUAACAUUUAGCUUUUGGUAUGCAUUACAGGAGGAAGUAACUUCAAUAGAUGAUGAUGAUAAACGAAUAAUUUUAUUAGAAUUAUUUCGUCCGUAUUUUGAACGUUUAAUUGAAGUAUUAAUCUCUAAAGGACAAUUACCAGAUAAUGAGAGUAUUUUUACAAGUGAAGAUAAAGAAACAUUUCGAUGUUAUCGUGUUGAUAUAACAGAUACAAUGUUAUGUUGUGUUCUACGUGAUCUUACUCCGAUUCUUCAUCUGGUUCUUAAGCAAUAUGCUGAUGAUAGUGAAGUAACAGAAAAAUUAUGUGAAAUUCUUUCACGAACAGUAACAACAUUAAGAGAAUCCAUUAGCCCAAUAUUGAAAUCUCUUUUAGAACUUGCACAAAACAUUGGACCAAAUAUAUUGCAUGCACAAUUUUUAAAUUUUGUUAGAAAUACACUUCUUCUGUUUUCACAAGAUACCGAUAAACAAAUGUUUAAUCUAUUUAUUGCUGUUCUUCAAAGAUUUGGAUGUCUUUUUAAAGGAGAUAUACAAUGGUUAAAAGAUCAUGUUGAUAUUGUAGAAGAUUUUGCUAAUUUUCUUAUUCAAAUUAUUAAAAAAUUACCAACUGUUGUACAUCAUUGUCCUAAUGAAGCAUUUGUUCUACUUUUUCAAUUUGUAAAAAGUGGUCUUCAAUUACAUGAACAAGCAACAUUAAGAAGUAUUAUAAUGUUUACAUGUAAUUAUAUUGAAUAUACGAAAUCAAAUCAACGGGCAGCCGAUCUUCUAAGACAAAAUGGUCUCGAAAUAGUUCAGAUUCUUCUUAAGUGUAUUGGUGGAGCAAGUCCACGUCAUUUAGUUGAUACAUUAUCGCUACCAUUAUUUACUCUAUCAAAAUUAUACAUUGAUUGUACAUCAAAUUGGGUUCAACAAUGUUUGAAUGAUCCAAAUUUUCCUACACCAUCUCCAAAACGUCAUCAUCGUGAAGCAUUAAUCAAAGCAUUAACAUCUGAACGUACAAGUCGUGCAAAUUUUAAAGAUCAUAUAAAUACAUUUUCAUCGACAUGUCGUGGAAUAGAGUAUAGUGGAACAUCAUCAAAUAGAAAUCAUUCAUGA